AUGAUCAUAGCGGUGGUGGGGUGCACGCACGGAGAGCUGAAUUUCAUUUACGCGACGAUCGAAAAGUUGGAACAGGACAAUAACUUCAAAGUGGACCUCCUGAUCUGUUGCGGAGACUUCGAGUGCGUGCGUUACGGAGUGGACAACGACUGUUUGAACGUCCCAAAUAAGUAUAAGAAGGAGGAAAAUGAUUUCAGGGAUUAUUUCACAGGGAAAAAGAAGGCAAAAGUACUAACCAUAUUUAUAGGAGGAAACCAUGAAGCGGUAAAUGUACUGAAGCAACUGUACUACGGGGGAUGGGUAGCGCCAAAUAUAUAUUUCCUUGGAUACUCAAAUAUACACAAUAUAAAUGGCUUGCGAAUUUGCAGCCUUAGUGGUAUUUACAAAAAGUACAAUUUCUAUAAACGGUAUAAUGAGCAUUACCCAUAUGAUGAGAUCAGUAAAGUCAGUUCCUAUCAUAUUAGGAAAUAUGAAAUUGAAAAAUUAAAAUUGGUGAAGGAGAAAAUAGACGUUGUUAUAACACACGAUUGGCCAAACAAUAUAGAAAAGCAUGGAGAUAUGAAUGACCUCCUUAGGAGGAAGUUCCAUUUUCAGUCAGACAUAUAUAAUAAUACGCUGGGGAAUCCACAUACGGAAUUUUUACUAAAUAAAUUGAAACCCUAUUUUUGGUUUUCCUCCCAUUUACACGUAAAAUAUUCUGCCAUUUUUUUACAUAGCGAUAAGAAGAACUAUACGCGGUUUCUAUCCCUAGAUAAAGCAGAACCGAGGAAGCAUUUCAUCCAAAUUUUAAACAUUGAAAAAAGGAAUAGCAUUCCGUACCUUUCGUUUGAUCAUUUGCCAAAGUCUUCUCCAAAUGACACAGAUGGGAAGAGCCAAUUUUUUAAUGAGGACUAUGAGGAACUCCUGCAGCAUGUGGAGGAUGUGCAGAGGAGGGACGCCCAAGAGGGUGGUGAGGGGAACAGUGGGGAUAAAGAACAAGCAAAGUGUGACCAGGGGGAAGAAACCACUACAGAGGAGAAACAACCAGAAGGGAAAAAUACCCCUCAGGAGAACACCUCUGUGGAUGACGCCACUGCAGAGCGCAAGCAGUUAUACAUAUGCUAUGACCAGGAGUGGCUAGCCAUUUUGAAGGCCAAUCACCACCUCAUCGCGGAGGGCAGUGACAAGGAUUACAAUUUGGAGAAGCUCAAGUAUCCCUCGGAGGAGGACUUCGAGUAUAUCCAGGACAAGCUGAAAAAUGUGGAAAAAAUAUCCAUCAAGGGGAAGGAUUAUUAUUUGGUCCACGGGUACAACAACCCCAGUUAUAAGAAUCUGUGGGAACAGAGGCAGGCCUUUCUGAGUCGCUUUGAUUUCGAGGAGCUCAGAAUGUACGACGAUUAUGAGCGUCUGUUUUUCGCGGAAGAGGUGCGCAAGAUGGACGCCGGGUUGCCACUGGAUACGCCUAACUUGGAGGAAGAUCAGGAGGAUGGGGAGCAGGGCCAACCGGGAGAACCGGGACAGAAUAACCAAACUGAUGAACACGGUGGAGGUAGUCCCAACGGGGACAAUGCCCCCCAUUCGGGAAACGAGGCCAACGAAAUUUCCCUUAGUAUUGACUCCUGA